CUUCGGGAACCCGGACGGCGCCACAAAGUAACUGGCGCGGCGCCCCCGAAGUUCUUCGGGUUCUUUUUGGUGUGUGUGUGUGUGAGUGUGUGUGUGUGAGUGGGCCGGGCCGGCGGCGGGAAAAGUCUCCGCAGCCCACGAAGAAGCGGCGCCCGAUCCUAGCCCGGGAAGGCGCGCACGUGCUGGGAUGGCUUCUUAGCCCGGAGCGGCUGACGCGCAGAGGCGGAAGGCGGCGGCGGCCGGGGCAGCGCGCCUGGAGGCGGGCAUUUUCAGGAUGGCGGCCAGUAUGGAUAAAUGGGUAGGCAGUGCUCACCUGUUUGUCCGAGCAAUUUCGGGAGCGGACGUUUUACCUACAUUCUACAGAGACCCACAGUUGAAGCCCUGUGUAUACAGAGCAUUGAGGUCGGCAUUUGCAGAAUCCAUAAAGGACUUUAGUGGGGUGGAUAUUCUGAAGAUCCAUUGUAGUGACCCUGAUUUGAUCAUCCAACUCAAAUUCCACAAGGAAAAGAAGUGCCUAAAGUUCCUGCAAAGCUACUACCGAGGAAAGCUUCAGGAAGCUCUCCAGGAGAAUCUCAAGGUCUUCUCGUCCUUGACCAGCCUAGAGCCCAUCAAGAUGGAGCUGAAGGCUGGUGCUGAAAAGUUGGAUUCCUUCAUCCAGGAAGAAGAACGUUGUCUGGCAUACAUCUCUCAGCAGAAGCCGGAUCACCUCAGAGAUGAAGAAAUAACAGAGCUGGAAGAAUUGUUCAUGAGUCUUUCUUUUCAAGAAAUUCUCCCUCCAUCCCUGAAGUCGCAGCUCUCUUCAGAUCCUCCCCUUCUCACUUUGAAUUCCUCCCCUCCGUCUUCCGGCCCUCCAGGGAUUUCAGAGUCUCCGCUUAAAGAGGACACCUUCAUUUUCCAGAACCAGCAAUUUGCCAACCGAAAAAUCACCGCCGAUGACCACCAGAAAUUUGCCAAACUGGUGUCAAAGAAGUGGAAACAGGUGGGCCGGUCCCUCUACCUGCAGACCAAGUGCCGGGCCCUUCGGGACCCCUUCAUUGACAACCUGGCCAUUGAAUACGAUCGCGAAGGCCUGUACGAACAAGCCUACCAGAUGCUCCGCAGAUACAUUGACUCAGAGGGCAAAAAGGCCACUAUUCAGAAUCUGGUGGCCGCCUUGGAAGACAACGGCCUCAUCAGCUUAGCCGAAGAAAUUUUGGGUUUCCACCAAAGUGACUUGUCGUGAAGACAAAAGUGAGCCAUUUUUUAUUUUUAUUUUUUUGGAGACUGCUAGCUUUACGCCUCUGUGAUUUAUCCUCCCACCUGCCUUUCUUGUGCAUCUUGUUCAGUCCCUGAUCAACUAUGGCUUCUCCCUAUGACUGUUUCCCAACCAGAAUCAAGUCCAAAAUCCUGAAGUCAAACUGGAAGAUCAAGUAUGAUUUCAACGACAAAUUGCAAGCCUACUCUGGAAGAGCAGCGGACUUUCUGAUUGGAAAUGAGAAAGAUGAUCUCCCCAGACACUGUCAGAGUCAAAGGAUACGUAGCACAGGACAGGGUGGGCAGGACAAGAAGCAAUGGGUAGAAGCUCAUCAGAGGGAGAUCCAACCUGGAACUAAGGAUUUCCUGACAGUGAGAACGGUUAAUCAGUGGAACAGCUUGCUUUCUGGGGUUGUGGGUGCUCUUGUCAUUGGAGGUUUCCAAGAAAAGAUUGGACAGUCAUUUCUCCUGGAUGAUAUGUGGUCUCCUGCCUACUUUGGGCUACUUUGACCAAAAGGCCUCCAAAGCACCUUCCAGCCUAUGGUUCUAUGAUUGUUCCUUCCCCCUAUCAUGAUCAUAGGACAGAUUUAACCUUGGUGUUCUCCUGGUCUUCAAGAGGCUGGCUGAGUAACCGAGUAGACCAUUAGUUAAAUAAAAAAAAUAGCCCAGAAAUUCAAUCAACUACAGAUUAGUAACCUCAGUCAAUGCUGGGAAAUUUAUGAUACCCAGAUACCAGGCAGCCAAGCAAUUGGUGUUCCCUGUUCCUAAAUAGAUGAGUUAUAUCAGGAUUUCCCAAAACCCCAGUCCAUGGACCAG